UUUAUUACUAACAAGCCCAAAUCACAAGUAUCGAAAAAUGGCGCCGGUGGCAGCGAGAAGCGCAGGCGCUGUUGGUAUCGGAACUGCCAUCUUUCUAUCUCUCGUCGCCGCUUAUUUCUUCUGCGACCGUCGCAACAAUUCAUCGAAGAAAAAGAAGAAGAAAAUUUCAACUAAAGGAAUCGUUGACGCCAUUGGUAACACUCCUUUGAUUCGAAUCAACAGUCUCUCCGACGCCACUGGUUGCGAAAUUUUUGGGAAAUGCGAGUUUUUGAAUCCUGGAGGGAGUGUUAAAGAUCGUGUUGCUGUUCAAAUUAUUGAAGAGGCUUUGGAAUCUGGGCAGCUGCGUCGAGGUGGAAUAGUUACUGAAGGGAGUGCUGGAAGCACUGCCAUUAGCAUUGCUACUGUUGCUCCUGCUUAUGGAUGCAAAUGUCAUGUGGUUAUUCCAGAUGAUGCUGCCAUUGAGAAGUCUCAAAUACUUGAAGCACUUGGGGCAACUGUUGAAAGAGUACGGCCAGUAUCAAUUACUCACAAAGACCAUUUUGUCAAUAUCGCUAGAAGACGGGCAUCUGAAGCAAAUGAGUUUGCAUUAAAGUUUAGAAAAUCACAUUUGAAUGGCACAGACUCGCAGCAAAUAAAUGGUUAUAAAUCUGAUGGAAACAAUCACAGCUCACUCUUUCCUAAUGAUUGUCAAGGCGGCUUCUUUGCUGAUCAGUUUGAGAACCUAGCAAACUUCAGGGCCCAUUACGAGGGUACAGGACCCGAGAUCUGGGAACAGACGAAUGGAAAGUUAGAUGCAUUUGUUGCAGCAGCAGGCACUGGUGGUACUGUGGCUGGUGUUUCCAAGUUUCUUCAGGAAAAGAAUCCAAACAUCAAGUGUUACCUUAUAGAUCCUCCUGGUUCUGGAUUGUUUAAUAAGGUAACGAGGGGGGUGAUGUACACCAAACAGGAGGCGGAAGGACGAAGACUUAAGAAUCCAUUUGACACUAUAACAGAAGGAAUUGGAAUUAACAGGGUAACAAAGAAUUUUGCGGAGGCAAAACUUGAUGGGGCAUUUAGAGGCACAGACAUUGAAGCUGUUGAAAUGGCCAGGUUUCUUGUGAAGAAUGAUGGACUCUUCCUUGGAAGUUCUUCUGCAAUGAACUGUGUUGGAGCAGUCAGAAUAGCGCAAUCAAUUGGUCCUGGUCACACAAUUGUAACAAUUCUUUGUGACAGUGGAAUGAGACAUUUGAGCAAGUUUUAUAAUGCUGAAUACUUGUCUCAGCUUGGUUUGACACCCAAAGCAACUGGAUUAGAGUUCUUGGGUGUCAAAUGAGUAUGUUCCUUAAGAGAAUGCUGCGGGCUCGCUACUUCAUUCAUUACCCAAAGUUGUUAACGCCUGUGUCGGAUGAUAAGCACAGUUUUGUCCUUCAUCAGCUGAGAGUGAAAUUUGAGUGGACAAAGCCCAGGAAGUUUAUGCGAUAUGCCAACGAGUCCAUCAUAUUUAUGGUGUUUUAUUUGAUUGAAACGUUAUUGGAGGCAUUAUAUGUUUCAUUCAUGGUUAGAUUAUACUAAUUUUUAUUCAUUUAGUGAACGAUGUAGAGGAAGUAGAAUAGAGUCUCGAAGAGUUUGUCAUGGAGUAAAUGAAAUGACAAGGCAUCUAAAGUCACAACUCAUUAGUUUUGACAUCAAUAGUGUUAUGCUGCUUUUAUAGAUAGAAA